AUGUCUAGAUUGGGCAAAUCAAGCGCCACAAUCUCGACUAGCUUCGGAUUUACAGCACUCUGCUGGUCUGACACCACCAAAUUGCUAUCGGCCGAGAGCACAUUGAGCAAAGCCGAAGGUCUCGAGUUAAUCUCAAACGGGCCGUUGUGGACUUGGCAAAACACACGGAUGGGGACGGACAAGCCUGGGGUAGUGGAGCCCGGGGAUAUGGAGUCCCCGUAUGGGGUUACGGGUUGA